AUGACAACCAAUUCAUCAUUGACCUCUCACGGAACUACACAAGCCACUGGCUGGACCCCAUCACCCAAUGUCCGUGGCACAUUCGACAUUAUCUGGACUUGUCUGCAGACUAUUGCGCUUUGCGCAUGGACCUCCAUCUGUGUUAACCUGCCUUCACAAUAUGACGGGUCAUCGGAAAUCAUGAGGGACAAGUUCAACUUUUUGCUGUUGAACCUGCUUAGUCCGGAUCUCGUCUUCCUUUUGGCUUAUCUGCAAUUGGAGUCCGCUCGGGCGUCAGUGACGCGUUUCAGGGCUGACGGUUAUCACGACUGGACAGUGACGCACGCUUUCUAUGCCGAUAUGGGAGGAUUUGCUGUGCAGGCGCCGAACUGGAAGCGUUUUCCGGUGAAUGCGAGACAACUCCACUAUCUCGUUAGCAAGAAAUACAUAGAGUACCCGUUGAUACCUCUACGAGAUAUCAAGGCUAAAGCGAAGACUGAUGGACUUGGGAGGGUCAUAACAAUUGGUCAAAUUGUUUUCUUCACAGUCACAACACUUGGGCGAGUUGUACAACACCUUGCGAUCACGACUUUGGAACUGACCACGCUGGGCUUCGUCCUCUGCACGGUUGCAACCUCGAUCUGUUGGUGGUACAAGCCGAACGACGUCGAAGUUGGUCAUACUUUGACCCUUUGUACAAGCAUUGAUGAGAUUUUGCGCCAGGCUGGCAAAGAUGCAGACGGUGCUUACCGAGACACCCCUCUGGACUUUGUAGCACCAAACAGGUGGGCUGGAAAUGUAAUCUGGCCAUACUGUGUGAACACUUUACGACAGAUCGGCCUCUUUCCCGACAAGCACAAAUCCCGCCCGCUCCAGAAGCUUUCGUCAUUCAGCUUCCCGAAGCCACCGUCACGCUACACUGAAUUGCUUGUGCUUUGGCUAGGGCUCGCAUACGCAGCCAUUUUCUUCGCGGCAUGGAAUUUUUACUUUCCAACGGAGGUGGAGUGCCUGCUAUGGCGUAUCUUCACCACGAUGCAAUGUGUGUUGUCAGCAGUGGUCGGCUUGCUCCAGGUGUGCCGCUACACAUUACCAGAAAAGUCCCGAAAAUUGGAUGCAGAGGCUGCAAACGUGCCACAUGGCUUCUUCCAUGAAGUCUGGAACAAACAACUUAACAAUUCCAUCAGCAAGCACCCGUUCUACAAUGUCCCGCUACGCUCUCUACUUCUGACCAUGCCGCUAUGUGCGGCAUAUUGUAUCUGCCGGUGGUAUUUGCUUUUGGAGGACAUUAUCGGUCUGCGCUCAGUCCCCUUGAGUGCCUACCAGACGGUCGAUUGGAGCCGAUACUGGCCAUCAUUUUAG